CGGCGGGCUACUUUCAUAAUAUAAAUCCAAGGAGGUUUUAACAUGCUGAACGCCUGAUGACAGCUUUCACCACAGCAAUAACAGAAAUAUUGUGACUAACUGGAACUCAGCAGUUAACCCAAAGAAAGAAGGGAUGCUGUCUUUAGUUGGAGCUGAGAUGACACCAGUGCAGCUCUAUCGACACCUCCUGAGAUGUUGCAGGCAGUUACCAAGCCCAGCAAUGCAGCAGCAUUAUCGACAUGCCAUAAGACAGGGUUACAACAGUCACUCAGAUGAAGACGACCAAGAGAGGAUACAAAUGAUCAUCCAAAGAGCUAUUAUAGAUGCAGAAUGGAUUCUUGAUAAAUAUACCAAGAAGAAGUGAAGCUCAAACUAUGAAAAUGUACUCUGGUAUGGUAUCUUGCACUGCUGCAACUGAAACAUGAGUCAUCAUUUCUGAAUGCUCUUUGUUGUUUGUUUUCAUGAUGAUGCAUCAUGUGAUGAGAGGAAGACCUCAUGAGAAUGGACUGUUGGGACAACUCAAUUUACUAUCUAUAAAAAGUGUAAAUACAGUUCUUAGAUUGAAAUGAGUAUAUGCUGUUUCUUUUUCAAUAAAUUAUCGUCAUUA